AUGAGCAGGCGGGUGGUGAACGUGGAAGCCAGAGGAUUCAAGAAGAAAGGAGUGAGAUACGACUGGAAGACGAAAGUCGGGACCUACUUGCCUGACCAGCGGUCUCCGGUAGUUAGCUCCAUUCUGUUUAUGCCCCUGCCAGGUGAACACACCGUCGAGGCCACUACAACCCGGUCCAUGGCCUGGUUCUCUGCAGCAGUUUCCUCAGGAAUUCCCCUCAUCUUUGUCAACAUCCAAACCGAACAGAUCAUCACGUUGCUUCAUGUCAAUGUAGCUUCUAAUUCCUGGCAUGGCGAGUAUAUUAAUUCCUGUCUUUCUUUCACUAAGGGCAAGAAUAUCCCCACAGGAAAAGAAAUUAGUUUGCGGAAGCGCCAUAACCAGACAAUAACUGUCCAAAUGGUUCAUGGGAUAAGAUUAUGGUUUUUACCGGGAAUCAUGGAGGUUUCGGUAGAAUUAGUCACCGAACCGGAAGAAACACGGUUCAGAAUGGACAUCAAACGAACCGAAGAGGUAAUCAGUCAAAAAAUCAUAGGACAACAUUCUAUGGCUCAUAGUCUUGAAGAAAUUGAUCCGGCUUGUUCCCCCGGGCGGGGCUUCAUCUGCAUCUUCUCCGUGACCAAAGGAUCGGCAGCCGACCGCGCCGGGCUUGGACGCAUCCACGAGGAGGCCAAUGCAGCGGGCCACCUGCUUGCGGUCUCGAGAUUAGAAGGCAAAACCCUACUGCCUUCAAAUGUGUGCUCUGUAGGGCUAAUACACUGCUGCAGGCAAGGCGACAUCGGGGAAGUCCUCACCGCGGCCAUGGACACGAUGGAUAGGAUCAAAAUCCACAUCAUGGGAUGGCCCAACUAA